AUGGCUAAUCGCGAAGGAACUGACCCGAUGGAGGGAAUUCACAAUGUGUUUGUGCAGACGAGCCUUCAAACUCGUCUCGCGAUACUCUCUCAUAAUCAUGUAACCAUCUCCGAUUUCAGAGACAAUUUUUGCAAAAAACAUAAACAAAGUUUCCCGGAAUUUGGAGAAAUCAGUAUUUCUGCCUUGAAGCUCGUGGCUAUAAUGGCUGCUGACCAAAAGGAGUUUGCAGUUGAUUCCAAGGGUCUGGCUCUCGAACAAGACACUGAAAGCCGCGAAACAGAUGGCGUUACCAUGGGAGACAAUCAGCAAACUUCUUAUGCAAACCAAGAGCUUGUAGAUGGGCAUGCCAAGGAUGAGGUGAAGGAUGUGCAAGCCAAUCAAACUCUUAAAGAAACUGGUGAGAGUCAGAAAUCAUGUAGACAAGUACCAAGCCUAAAGCUAGAUGAUCUUACGGGAGCAAUAGAACAAGAUCUUACAAAUGGAGAAACAACUACAGGUUUAGCCAAGAUCGACCAAGAGAAGGAGCUUGCACCUACUUCAGAACUUGUAGAAGGGCAUAUUACUUCAAGAGAUGAUGCGACUGAGAGUCACGAGGCAUGUGCACAAGUACAAGUUGCUGUUGCUGCUGAGCAUUGUGAUACCUUACCAAUAGAUGAUUUACUUUCAGGAGCAAUAGAAAAAGACAUCGCAAGAGGUGAGGGAAGGAGUUUGGCUCCAGGUGCUGCUGCAGAUAAUCUUCAAACUGAUGAACUGGUGACUGGCCAAGAAGAUCAGUUGGAGGCUGGCAAUGAUUUCACAACCGGACCGGACCGGACCUUCUACAGAGAAGAUGAGCUCAGAAGAUGA